UCCCGAAUCUGAAGCUGUCGCUAUGAUGCCAGGAUGGAGGGGAGGGCAGUGCAGUGUAAGAAUGGAUGAAAUCGAGCGAUUGUCAGAUGACGAAUUGAGGUCCAAAUUGAAGACGUUUUCCACUUUUGUCGGGCCAAUCACAGAUUCUACACGCCGUGUCUAUCAACUGAAACUAUCAAAUCAUCUAAAUGAGGGUUCUGGAGCAAGUGGUGACUCCAAAAGCUCCACAACUGCGUCUUAUUCCACUUCGCCCAGUGAUAUAAACGAAGGUUUUCCAAAUGAGUACAGGCCAUCAGUAAACGAAGCUCAGCCUCGCAGUCCUCUUUCCAGUGCAAAUGGAGGCCAUUAUACGUCUCCGAAAGCCUCUUCGAGCGCGAUGCCUCGCGCAGAGCAAAACAACAAUCCGCCGAUGGUCCAAAAAAGUCCGUUCUCGUACAACCGAAUCGGAGAUCGCCAGCCGCCGUCUGUUCAGCAGAGGCAGUCGAUGGGCGGGGACUAUUUGGAAGAUAUGAGAGGUGAUGGUUAUACGGGACCAGGGGGAGAUGGCACUCCACAGAGAACUGCAUUGGAAGGAGGGGGAUUGUUUAAAGGAAGGUUUUCAGAUGUCGAAGUUAGAAAUAAAUCAAGUGCUUCAAGCGGAUCACGCGAGCAGUCGUUAUAUGGUCAGAUGAACUCCGCCAAUCUCACUUCGACACCACAUAACUACCCCAACUCACCAGCAGCAGGGGGAUUGACGGGCAGGUCAUCAAUAGGAGUGACUCCAGUGAGCGCCUUUUCGAACAGCAGCAGUCCCGGUGGGACCCACUCUUCAAAACUAUUCGGUGAUGUGCCUGUGAAGUACCCUCAAAUGCGGCAGAGAAUCCAGCCGACAGCUGGACAUACACCCUCCCAGGCAUCCCAGUUUGCCAGAGACAGUCAUCAACCUUACAGUGGGGGCGUUCGGAGGAACGUAGCCCAACCUGCACCACUUGAUAAGCGAACAUCAACAGGAGCUGAAAGGAAAAAUCAGUCGCCUGGUAACACUACGACCGGAUCGCAGAUUGUGAAAUACUUCAAACUGACUUUAUAUACAGUUUUGGCGUUAUUUGUAGUAAUGGGUGUGUUGGUUUUUGUCAACAUGGAACCGACACUUAAUGUGUAAAAAAAUAUUCAUUAAUUAGUAACAAAUUUAUUCUCCAAAAGUUUGGUUCUUUCUAAAAAAAAAUUCUGUUUUCUUUUUUAUAUAUGAAGCCACUGGUCGCAGACCUUAAAGGUCAAAAACAAUAUUGAGAAAUGAAGUCUUAAAUAAUCCUGUCCAUAAACUUGUUACUAAUUAGAAAACGUGGUUUUAGAGAGUAAAAAUGUGAAGUUUUGCUUGAUUAUGCGUCCGAGGAUUGAUAUCACGUAUUGCAAAAAGACAAAAAAUUGCUUUAUCAUAAAUCCUGAUAAAAUAGUGCAGAGUUACGAAGUCAAUUUAAAUCUUGAGGGUCAAUGAAAAGACGUUAAAUGAGUGCAAAGUGUUGGAAUAUACGAAUUUCGGCCUUGAUGAAUGUUCAUGAUUUUUUCAUUGAUGUUUCAAAAGGAAACAAGAUUUGACAAUCCUUGUUUUCGAAAAAAAUUUCCAGGAAAGAAAAGGACCUUGAAUAUUGCAGUAAAAUGAAGUUUCCUCAUGUUCUAUGAGUUAGUUUGAUUUGAUUAGUUCUAUUUGUUGAGUAGAAAAGUUGCUGUAAAAAACCAUUGGCUCGAAUUGCCAUAAACUGUUUAAUUUCAUUACAGUUUUUGUUUUUGCUUUUAUGUCACUAAUCAUUUGUUAAUGUUAAUUUAAAUAUGUUUCCUUC